AUGCUGAAAUAUGCAUGGAGAUUGUACUUGCUGAAAUCCAGCGUCAUCACUGGAUAUUACUUUAUUUGGUCGACUAGCAGUGUGGCAAUCUUUCUUGCAUGUCUCGGGCUAACGGUGCUUCCAGUCAACGUGUUGUUGGAAGCUACAUCAGCAACAUGUUUGAAGAAAGGUGGACCUUUCAAGUGUAAACUUAUCACUCCUAUCUCGAGUCAUGUCAUCGAGGCUUUCUCGGGGACUACAAUGGCGGACUGCUUUUCAACCGAAGCAGGACCCUAG